GGAAAUCCGAAAUUGAAGGUCAUUUGUGUUGUUAUUGUUACUUGUUAGCUUUGUGAAUUGAUAAUAAAUACAAGUAUGUAUUCAUAAAUUUAAACUAUAGAAAAUAUGGCUUUCAAUAACAUAAAUGUGAAAGAGGGCAAUAGAAUUUUGGUAGAUAAAGUUUUAGAACAGGGUCAGAAAUUGAGAAAUGCAAUGGUAGAAUCAAUUUUGAAAAACGACCCAUUUUAUACAGAGGUUAUUUACAAUAAUCAAUUCAAUACUCCUUAUACUAGUAGCUUCGAAUUGACCAAAGAAAAUCGAGAUCAAAACUCAACGUCCAACAAAGAAAGGCUAGAGGCAUUCAUUAAAGGAGAAUGUAUGAGUAGAGAAGAUGAAAAACUAGCCUUAGAAUCACUGAAAUCACUAUCAGUACCUGAUUUAUGUAAAACUACUGAAAGGAGCCUCAAGUGUUCCACGGUUGGUAGCUGUAAAUGUUGCACCUGUGAAUUAUAUAACUCAGAAUAUUGGAAAUGGAAUUCAGGACAAAAAAGCAAAUCUAGUUCAGAAGAAGCUGCUAAUGGAAAUCAUAAUGAAGUUACAAAUAGCAUCAGAGACAAGCAUAAAUCAGAACUCAUUCAGGUUCUGAAAUUUGUAGACUCUUUGAAAAUAUCUGUAAAUUGUCUUAUCCUUAAUGAUACUGGACAACAAAAAUUAUUAUCCACCAUCUCUGACCCAACAAACUGGAACAGUUUCAGUCAAAACUUCUUUUUAGAAUAUACUCUACCUGAAAUUCUAAUUUGUACAAGUCACAAGCAACAGUUGAAAAUCCAUUCUAGUGUGGAUAAAAAUUAUAUCAGAUUAUUUUCUAGAAGAACAAAUGAUGUAAUCAAUUUCAAAAAAGUAACACUUCAUGAUAUAGAAAGAUUACAAAAUAUUGACUUGAGUUGCUGUAAUAUGCAGUUCAAAAUUAGUUUCAGAAAUGUCAGACAAAAAUCCACUAUACUGUUAGGAUAUGCAAACUUUAAUUUUGGAGAGUUUCUAUUGACCAAAAAUGCUACUUGUUCUAGAGGUCUGAUAGUUAAUUUGAAUGACUAUUCACCAAUUUCUGUUGGCACUCUGAAGGUGUCAUUACAAUUAGGUUGUGGUAGAUUAUAUUUUGGACAAGAAUUCAUAGAUGCUAUCAAAACUAGCAGUAGAGAAUCUAUUCCAUUAGAUAGUGAUGAUAGCACAAAUCAAUUAGUUUGUGAACCAGAAGAAAAACUGGUCCAAAAUCAGAAAGAUACCACUAAGUCAUGUCAAAAAAGUACCAGUACAAGUCAAAAAGCCUCACAAAAAGCACUAGGGAAGGCGCAGUCAUAUAUCUCUUUCACUAAAAAUUAUGAGAACAUCAAGGUAGAUGAACAUUUGAAGAAACAUUCACACAAUAUUGCCAUAACUGACAAGUCUAUUCCUGUAAAAAAGACAAAUGGAAGUUCUUAUUUUGAAAAACAAGUAGAAAUCACUGUACCAGAAGAGGAACAAGUUUUAUUUGGAUUCUUCUACAUAUCUGAAGCCCACUAUUUAAGUAGACCUAUAAACUCUUACUUAACUUGUAGGCCAUUUACCCAAAAGGAAACAUCAGUAAGCCAACUGAUAACAAGUAGUGAGAAUCCAGUGUUCAAUUUUCACCAGAUAAUUCCCUUGGUCUUUGAGGAUGAUUUACUUGCCAGGUUGCGUGAAAAUUAUAUGGUAAUUGAGUUUUGGCUAAAAGAAGACACAACUGACACAGUUAUUGGUUUGACUAAAAUACCUUUGCACCAAUUCUAUCUGGCAUAUAGAAAUGUGGUGGUUUUGAAAUAUUUGAUGAAAAAUAGGUUGCCAAUAAUUGGUACUGAUUGGUGGGAACCCAUAUAUUCAGUCAACAAUGAAGAUAUAGUUGGUCAAGUACAAGCUUUGACUGCUCUUGGGACUCAAGAACAAAUCAACAAUUUGAAAGCUGACCGAGGCUUUGUAGGUAGCUUUGUAAAAGCACAAUUCACAAAGCCAACGGCAGAUUAUAGAAAUAAAGAAACCAAACUUAUUUCUAACAAAGAGUCCAUAGGAAUUCAAAAAAAUUUAGCUAUCCCCAAUAAAAAAGUCAUUUUCAAGAAAGUCAAUUCCAAAUUGGAUACAUUGGAUACUAUUGAAAAAAAUUCUCCAAAUCUUGAGAAAGGUACCAAUACAAGUACAAUUCCUGUGUCAAAAUUUGAUGCUGCAACCCAAUCUGAAGUCAUCAUGGAAAACCAAGCUGAGAAACAAGAAAAUAACAAUGCCACUACCAAAAUGUUAGAAUCGUUUUUACAUCAGCUGAUGGCUACAAAACCAGGAAAUUCACAUGUCGAAAAUAGUACCAACACUGAACCAGUGCAAGAAACAAAUGAUGGGAAUUCAAAUUUGCAGCAUGCUCAAAAUAAAACGAAUGUGGAAUUGAGGAAAACCUCAGAUUUAUUGGAGUCCCUUCAAAAGGCUCUUUCCAGUGACAAUCAGUUUUCUAGCCCUUCUAGACAUAUAGGCUCUACAUUCAGGGCAAUGGUAGCUAUCAAUAAUGCCAAUCAUUUGCCUAGUAGAAAGAAAUGCAAGUCUAGAAAAUCAAGGAGUAGACCUAUAAAAAGUGAGGAGAGUGUAUUGCCGAGCUGUUAUGUCACUUUUGAGGCGUCCUCUGAGGGAGAUUUGAAAAUCACUCCUAUUGUUCCAAAAAGUACCAGUCCUGUGUGGAAUUACAAGUGCAAAGUUAACCUACCCUUGGAUUUGUUGAAAAAUGGACAAAAACGUCUAAUUUUCAAAGUGUGGAGAAAGUCUACAAACACCGUCAGUUUCCCUAAUAUGCAAACUGACAUUGUGCUAGGUUUCGCGGCUGUAGAUCUGACGGUUCUCUUGGCAGGUUUCCCAAACGUACAGGGCUGGUUCAAUAUCGUAGACUUUUCGGGAAAAUGUAAUGGCCAAAUCAAUAUACAUGUAACGCCUCUUGACAAUUUGGAAAUACAUCAACCACGAAAGGAUGACUGCGGUUGUGACAUUAGACCGGCUGCUGAGGUGAACGAGGUGUCCACCUCGAAUGAAGCCUCAGAAAGUCUAUCUAGAGCUCUGAAAAGGAAGUUCACGGAGCUGGACGAAAUUACUCAAAGGUUGCGUUUGCGCCUCUCCAAAGUCACGAACGAUUCAGACUCUUCUAGCGAUGGAUUCGCAGACGAAUUCGAGAAAGAUAUCAGCUCUUUCCGCGACGAAGACAAUCUCGAUGAUUUCACAGAGGAAGUGAGGAAAUUGAAUGUUGAACGAGUCGCUGGAAAUGUUGACAGCGAGAACAGAAUGGACAGGAAUUCGGUUGGAUUUGAAGACGCACAGAAGGCUACAUCAAGUAGUAAUUUUGAAAGUGAGCCGGGAAUAGCUUGUAAUAUGAUUGAUGAAAACGAAAGUCCCGUGAAAGAUGCAGGAUAUACCCAGAUACCGUCUCUCAACAAACAUUUGCUACAAGGAAAACAACAAAUAAACGCUUUACUGGAAAAGCUGACUCUGCUCACUGCAGAUUCCAGCCAAAACUUUAGUAACAGAUACGUAUCUGGUUGUUCUAUCACCAAUGAUGGUGACGGGAACGUGGAACUUAUUGGCACCGGUACCAUCUUGAAAGAGUUUAGCCAACCAUCUCCACCGAUGAGUUCCGACUCUUUGUGGUGUUCCCCAUCAAUCGGCAAUUUGACAACCAAAAGUACCGGCACUGGAAGUCAUUUCUCUUCCAACAGUGACACGAGUUUGAUUACGAACUUUUCCGAUUGUAGACCUGUUCCCGAUGGACAAGGGAAUACUUCUGAGGAAAAGGUAAUGGGGAAUAAAGACUAAGUCUUGGGCAGUUCAUCUAGGUGAUUUGGUGUCAAUGAACAUUUCAGCUAUGUAGAUAAGAAAUAUAAUUUUUCAUAGAUAUAAUAAUUUCAUGUUUUGUAAUGUGAUAUUUCAAGUAUUCUGUCUACUGUACCAGUUCAUAUUUGAAUUUCUUCAGUUCGUGAACGUUGUGUGCUUUUUUUAUAUUGAAAUAUAUCUCAUAACAACCUAAAAUAUGAUCAUAAUGUUCAAUGGUAAUGUUGGCCCAAUAUUUCCCAGUGAUAAUAUGAUCAUUUCGCAAAUACGAUCUUAUAGGUAAAUGAAACAUUGGUAGAAUUGUAUAGGUUCCCUAGAAAGAACUUUGCAUUAAUAAAUCUAGUAAUUGCUUUUGUUAUUUUUCUACCUGUGGAAUGGGGCAUCUACAUGGAACUUGAUUGUCUGUGAAUAAUUUCGGGCAAGUUUCAUUCAUGGAUAUUCCAAAUUCACACAAAUCUUCAUAGGUACAAGAGCCUAUGUUUUGGACACAUGGAAUAUCUAACCAAAAUCCGAGUUCAUCUUUUUCAACUUUGACACGAGCCUAUAGAGAACAUCCUGUAGGAUAAUUUUCUAAAAUUUGUAUAUUCGUUUUUACCUUCAGAGGGCUUGAAAGGUCCUCCAUUGUAUUCAGAGUGCCAGUGAUUGAUAAUUUUUUGUCAAUAAUUUUCAAGGACACACGAGACACUGUUAAUGGAUAUACAUGUCCAUCACAUUGUUUAAUGCUUGAUAUGUUUAUCAUAUAUGAAUCCUAAAAAGAACAAACUUUGUGAAAAGAUAAUAUCAUGUCCUUGGGUGAAUAAUGCUUGAUAAAAAUAUCUCAAUGUGAAUUCUGAAAUUGAAAAAGUCGUUUUUUCCAAUGCUAGAUAAAUAAAUGAAAUGAAGUAUAAAUCAUAUAACAGAAAUGGAAACUCACCGUAUUUUUCAAGUACACAUAAUUUGGAAAAAUCAAUGAUAAAAUUGUAAAAAACUUCAUUCUGCACUAUUUUCAACAUGAAUAAAGUGAUAUCAAAAAUAAGGAAAUCCUUAUCAACCAUUUGUAUAUUUUCCUUAAUGACCUCAUUUGCUUGAACAUAAUAAUAUUUGAUUCAAUGCAAGAUUUAGAUGAUAUGAAUGAAUAGAAAAACCUAGUAUAGGGUGAUGUAAAAAUAUAAUUGUAUUCUCAAUGUUGAAAGGGCAUGAACCAAGGUAUGAACAUACAUGCAUGAUUCAAUAUAUUUUGUAUGUUGUCUUUACAUAGGUGAUAAAUAAAAAACAUUGAUCAUUGAAAUUAUUAUAUUUUAUUAUUAGGAAAAUUAGAAAAUAUUAUACAUAAUUAAAAUACACAUCUAUUAUUUCGAAUAGGUAUAUGCAAUGGAAAAUUAUUUGCCUCACUAUAACAAAAAACAAAUUCCUUUUAAUAAACAUAAGAAAAUAACUAAGUCUCAGUUUUCUAACCAAUGAUAUAUACUAACCCCAUGGGUCUCUCUUAGGAUAUCUUCUAAUAACGUUUCCUUGUCGUCUUUGGUGAUAUAUUUCAGGUCCUUCAUAACAUCUUCUGAGAAGAAAUAAAUCCAUGUAGCAAACAACAAACACAUUUUCUAUCUACAGUUUUACUCUAAAGACAUUCAAGCAAAGUGACCCAUAUAACAUCUAGGUUGAUCAGGUAUAUUGUGAGUUGGUUUUCUCAAAUGAGCUUCUUGAUGGCGAGCAAAAGAGAAAU